AUGAUUAGAUCAUUAACCAAAUUAGCCUCAGUUACUAAUAGAAGUUUAGUUAACAAUGGCAAAGCCAGUUUUUCAACUAAAUUAUUAUCUACUAAUAAACCAGUUAAAGAAUCAGAUCCAGAAAUUUAUGAUUUAAUUAGAAAAGAAAAAGAAAGACAAUUUACUGGUCUCGAAUUAAUUGCAUCAGAGAAUUUUACAUCAAGAGCUGUUAUGGAAGCAGUUGGAUCAUGUUUUACAAAUAAAUAUGCUGAAGGUUUACCAGGUGCAAGAUAUUAUGGUGGUAAUGAAGUUGUCGAUAAAUUAGAAAACCUUUGUAUUAAAAGAGCAUUAGAAACAUAUAAUUUAAAUCCAGAAGAAUGGGGCGUUAAUGUUCAACCAUACUCAGGUAGUACUGCUAAUUUUGCAGCCUUUACUGGUUUAUUAAAACCACACGAACGUAUUAUGGGUUUAGAUUUACCAUCAGGUGGUCAUUUAACUCAUGGUUAUCAAACUGAUAAAAAGAAGAUUAGUGCAACUAGUAUUUUCUUUGAAUCAAUGCCAUAUCAAGUAAACGAAACAGGUUAUGUUGAUUAUAACAAAAUGGAAGCAACAGCAGCAUUAUUUAGACCAAAAUUAUUAAUUGCAGGUGCAUCAGCAUAUCCACGUGAAUGGGAUUACGAAAGAAUGAGAAAGAUUGCAGAUAAACAUGGCGCAUUUUUAUUAUGUGAUAUGGCUCACAUCAGUGGUAUGGUUGCAGGUAAACAAGCCAUAUCACCAUUUUUAUUCUGCGAUGUUGUUACUACAACUACACAUAAAACUCUUAGAGGCCCACGUGCAGGUUUAAUCUUUUAUAGAAAGAGCAAAAGAAGAGAUGCCAAAGGCAAUAUUAUCGACGACGAUUUAGAAAAUAGAAUUAACUUUGCUGUUUUCCCAUCAUGUCAAGGUGGUCCACACGAAAAUACCAUUGCUGGUAUUGCUGUAGCUCUUAAAGAAGCUGCCUCAACCGAUUUCCAAGAUUACGUCAAACAAGUUAGAAGAAACUCUCAAAUUAUGGGUGAAGAAUUAAAGAAACGUGGUUAUUCAUUAGUUACUAACGGUACCGAUAAUCAUUUAGUACUCUGGGAUCUUCGUCCACAAGGUAUUACUGGUAGUAAAAUCGAAAAAGCUUGUGAUGAAGCUCACAUCACUGUUAAUAAAAAUGCUGUCUAUGGUGAUACCAAUGCUAUUGCUCCAGGUGGUAUUCGUUUAGGUGCACCAGCUCUCACCUCAAGAGGUCUCAAAGAAGAAGAUUUUGUUAAAGUUGUCGAUUUCUUAGAUCGUGUUGUCAAAGUUUCUUUAGAUGUUCAAUCCAAAGUUGGUAAAAAAAUGCCAGAUUUCCAAAAGGCCAUUGCCGAAAGUAAUGAAAUUAAAGAGAUUAGAAAAGAAGUUGUUGAAUUUUCAAAACAAUUUGGUAUGCCUGGCCACACCUCAGAAGGCUUAUAAAAAAUUUAUAAAUAAAUAUAAUAACACAAUAAUAAUAUAAAAUAAAACUAUUUAAUAUAAAAAAAAAUUAAUAUAUUUAAUUUUAUAUAUAAUACAAAAACUAUUUAU